AUGCCAUCGCUCGACCACCUCCUGUGCGCCAGUACAAUCGAAAAAAAAUCAAGAAGUAAUCUUGAUAGCAUGUGCUGCUCAAAUCAGCAUAAUGCAUUGCCAACUGAUCCUGGAACUAAGCCUAACUCGCGGAGAUGUAAUGCCCCGAAUUGUCGGAAGACUGCCAAGCGAGGUGGACGCUGUAUCGCACACGGAGGUGGAAAUAAAUGUGCUAUUGACGGCUGCACCACUAGUGUGGUUAGUCGAGGGCUUUGUGUCGCUCACGGCGGUGGUAAGCGAUGCCAAGCUCCAACUUGUGCCAAGAGUGCUCAAUCUGGAGGGUUUUGCUGGGUUCAUGGCGGUGGAAAAAAGUGUGGCUAUCAUGGCUGCCCCAAGCGUGCCCAAAGUGGUGGUGCCUGUAUUGCUCAUGGUGGUGGUAAGCGAUGCCGUAUCGGUGGGUGCAACAAGGUUGUUCAGUACGACGGACUCUGCGUGGGCCAUGGCGGUUACCGUAGAUGUGUUUAUACGAACUGUGAUGGACGCGCCAUGGCCAACGACUAUUGUCAGCGACACGGUGGUUCCUCUGUUUGUCUGUUGGGACGCUGUUACAAGCGUGCUGUACGUGGUGGAAUGUGUACCGAGCACAAGGCUGAAGCAUCAGUGCAAGCGGUGACUACAGGUAGAUUGUCGACACCCAGUCAGACAUUUGACGAUGACCAGGAUCACCAGAUAGACCGAUCUGCGAAUCAAUAUCCUCUGACGACCGAAUGGCGACGCAGGACGAAUUCAACAGAUCUUACAAACAACAAAUGCUCACCCGGAUCAGGUAUCACUCCUAUAUAUGAAAAGGUAUCGUCACCUUCAUCACCACUUGCCAAAUUUGCACAUGAAGACGAGAAGGAUACGAAUCAGAGAGAAGACUCGCCUCUUGUACCAGGGUUUUCGGCUCUUUUGAGUGCAGAUGGCAACUUUGCGUCGUUUCCAAGAAUACGCUAUCCGCACCAGGAGCAAAGCGUGUAUCCUUUGCUACCGAGCAUCCGAUCUUUACAGACUCAUCGAGCCGGUAUUGCAGUUCUCAAGAAUAGUCUCACUUCGCACACAACUCCAAAUCUUCGAAUCGUUGUCAAUCACGAUAACGCUUCCUUGAAGUGGGAACCCAACACUGGAAGCGAGCCUCAAGAACGAACAGACUCGUGUACGAACUCGGAUGAAUUAGCAGCACACAAGUUAUUCGUGCACUCGUACUAUUACAGGACCAACAAUGGGUCAUUCUCGUGCUCGACGACACCACCACAUCGACACAAUUGGGGCACUCAUCACGUUCGAUAA